AUAAUAUUCAAAUACACACAAACAAGAAAGUCAGCCGAAUAUUAACACUAGAAUUGUGCUCCAUACUAUGGAUAGCUCUUACAACUUCGUGGUGUUUACUGUCAUGUACAUCAACAAUUAUACGCAUGCGCAUUAAUUGGGGGAGUGUUUCCGGGCAAAAUGAUUCGUUUUAUAUUAAUCCAAAAUCGAGCUGGUAAAACAAGACUUGCCAAGUGGUAUAUGCACUUUGACGAUGAUGAGAAGCAAAAACUCAUUGAGGAAGUGCAUGCAGUGGUGACAGUGAGAGAUGCAAAGCACACAAACUUUGUCGAGUUCCGUAAUUUCAAGAUAGUGUACAGGCGGUAUGCAGGCUUAUACUUCUGUAUCUGCGUAGAUGUCAGUGACAACAACCUGGCCUAUCUAGAAGCAAUACACAACUUUGUAGAGGUCCUCAAUGAAUACUUCCAUAAUGUUUGUGAAUUAGAUCUAGUCUUCAACUUCUACAAGGUGUACAGUGUUGUGGACGAGAUGUUUUUAGCUGGAGAAAUCAGAGAAACAAGUCAGACAAAAGUGUUAAAACAACUCUUGAUGCUCAGUUCAUUAGAAUGAUAAAAACUUGAACACAAAACUACAAUGACCGGAAACCUUUUUCUAUGGAAUACACUAACUAAUAAUUGACAGAAGCUAAAAUAGUGAAACUUUACAAGUAGCAUGAACUAUCAUGUUUGUCAUACGGUGACACAUGUAUUAUUCAGUUUGAAAAGAUAAAUUUAGUCAAUGUGCAAUACAUGUAUAAACUUUUUAACAAGUAUUUACCCCUUUAUUAAAAUGUUGUGCUGUAUAGAUUGCUUUCCUAGAUGGGAAGAUGUUUUAGUCGCACCCUUGGAAAACCAGGCUUAAUGCAUGUACCUUUAGUGUGGUUCCAGAUUAGACUGUGCAUUCUGCAGACUAAUCAAGAGACACUUUCAGCUUUUAUGGAAUUUUUUGUUUCAAGAAAGUCUCUUCUAAGUGAUAAUUCAGUAUUGAAGGUAAGUGUGUCAUUCAUACAUAUAAGUUUUUUCUUGAAUGUGCACACUGCCAUUUAAUUAUUUCUGUAUUUUUAAGGUAUAUUGACAACUAGUAUACAUUUUGUAAUCCACUGCUUGGGUUGCUUUAUUGUAGGUACUCUCUCAUUAAAAUUAAUAAAAUGAAUGUUCAAUGUGUUAAAUAUCUUUGCUGGUACACCAAGUGCAUGUUUAUCUUUGCAUGAAUUGUUUAAUACAUGGAUGGUUGUAAUAGCAUGUAAUGUUACUGGGGUAGAUAGGUGGAGACAACAUUCCAACAUUCAUUAUUGUUUCAUAUAUUAAAUGUAACUAUGGGUCACUUCUUGAAUACUUCUUGUUUAAACUUUUAAUGAGGUCUGCGAAACUUCACAUAUAGUAGUUUAAAUGUGUCAAUAUUGUCACAUUAUAGCUGAAUUAUGUGUCUGUAAACUAUGUUUGUGUCAUUAUUUAGUGGUAUAAUUUUUGUACAAAACUGUUUAAUUAAUGUAAAAUUGUAUAGAUAUAAAGUAGAUAACUA